AUGAAGCGAGACCCACUCCUCUACGAUAGAGCAUGGCGGACGGCAAGCGAAAAUGCUAACUUGUUCAUGACGGUACGCUCCGUAGAUAGCUAUGCACUAGAGCAGACGUUGGAGUUCAUCAAGUCCGUCAUGUCCAGCGGCGACGGGGCCGUUUGUGCGGACGGCUCUUCAGCAUCAUACCACCGUCAACCAGUUGCUGCUGUUGUCGGUGCGGCUGGUAGUCAAGUCUCCGUCAUGGUGGCCAGUAUGCUGCAGCUUUUCAAG